UUUAGUAUAAGCACUCCUCCCCUCCCUCCAUCACCCCCAUUUCCUCCACAGAGGCACCUGCCGAGGCACGCACACAUCCUAAACGCAUUGCCGCCUCGCCACCGACGUGCCGCCCGCCGCCCGCCAUGAGAAAAGCCACCAUCUUUCUCAUGGCGCUCGCCCUCGCCCUCGCCACGGCUGCUCCCCUACCAACGGUGGCGACGCCGCCCGCCAGGAGAAGCCGCUUCUUGGCGAAAGUCAAUUUCCCGCCGCCGACGUCGUUCUAUGACUGCAGCAAGAAGCCGCCCACCAUCUGCCUCCAGCCCGGUAGCCCGGGUGCGACGUGCUGCAAGGGCAUGUGCGUCGACACCGAGUACGACUCCCUGCACUGCGGCAACUGCAACAGGACGUGCGAUUACCCGAAGGCCUGCUGCGGCGGGAAAUGCGUCGACACCUUCACCGACAAGAAGAACUGCGGCGGGUGCGGCGUUCAGUGCAGGAAGAAGUGCUCCAACGGCUACUGCGACUACGCGGUGUGACGCGGCGGUGCAAACCAGCCAGGAUACAUACAUGCAAUUUCUACAUCCAUCGAGAAAUAAAAAUGACAGUACGUAUAUACUACGUGAUUUCAAUUAUUUCAAACAUUUCCAUUAUUGAGCUCCUGCUGGUAUACGUAUAUACAGAAAAGGAAAAAAGCGGGAGAAAGUAAUACCAAGGAUUUACGUAUACGUGUGUUCAUGAUUUAUGUGUUUAAUUGUUGGGCUACAUCAUAUAUAUAAGUGGUCAUAACGGUAUGAAUAAACUGGCGGAUGAUAUUUGUUGUAAUGUGUUUAUAUUG